AUGCACGUCAAGGAUGCGGAGGGUAAUUUAGCUGACCUCAAAUCAGCUGAGGUCACUAUGACAGUGGGAGAGAUACUUCUAAUGAUCUACCAUGCUAUGGCGAUCAUUGUCUUGGUCAAUAUGCUCAUCGCUAUGAUGUCCAAUUCAUUUCAAACUAUUCAGAACCAAGCGGAUAUUGAGUGGAAAUUUGCUCGUAGCAAGCUCUGGUUAGGCUACUUCGAUGAGGGUUCAACUCUGCCCCCACCAUUAAACACCAUCGUCUCUCCAAAAUCCAUCUGGCGUUUAGGAAGAGGAUUGAUUCGACUACUCAUCUGCUCCUCUAAGUCAAGCAAUGAUGAUCAUUCCAAAACCUCAUCUUCUUAUCACAAACGACGAAGUAAGGUAAAGCCCUAUCCAUCUUCCCCGAGGAGACACCACUCAAUGUCGAACAGAAUUGAUGCAUCAACAUCGGGACGUGAUGGAUGUGAGAUGUGGACAGAUCAUGAAGGGGAACCUGCCAUCAGGCUUCCCAGUUCUGUCAACAACGGCGACACAAAGGCGAAACCAACGAUAGUCAAAAUUAAACCGAAGGAGUCGAAUUCACUUGGAAUUCUCUUUUUUGAGUUUAUCUGA